CCGGACGGGAUGUUAGUAAACACCGGAAACGGUCGCGAUCUGUCCCCCCCCACCACCCGGCUUGAAGUAUGAACCAUGAACCGUGCAGCUGUUUAAAAGGGAACUUCAGAAGCUGCUUAAAAUGAAGGGUCUCUUCCUCGUCGAGCCCAUCAUUGCCAUCUAUGCCUUUGCCAGCUUUUUGAUCUAUCCUCUGGUGCAGCAGUAUGUGUACAGACGACUUUGGCAGCAGCUCACAAACACCACCUAUCCCGUCUCCGACAAUUCAUCCAGAUGUACAAGUGACAGCGGCAGCAAUGAGUCAAGUUACCAUGAGGAGGUCCAGAGGCAGGCGUCGCUCUUCUCCCUGUACUCGGGGCUCUUCUCCAUGAUACCCUCGCUGACCGUCACUCUCAUUCUUGUGGCCUAUAGUGACCAGCGGGGACGCAAGAUCACCAUCAUCAUGCCUCUGAUAGGCUCAUUGCUCUACAACCUCUCCUUCCUGGCAGUGUCCUACUUUGAGCUCAACGUCUACCUGCUGAUAGGCUCCACGCUGGUCAGUUCUCUGUUCGGUGGACUGGGGACAUUUCUGGGUGGCUGUUUUGCCUACAUCGCUGACUUGUGCGAGGACGGACGUGAGAAAACGCUGCGCUUGGCUGGAGCGGACAUGGUGAUUGGUCUACUGUCGGGCGUUGCCUCGCUAGCGUCGGGCUACUUCCUGAGGGCCGCUGGCUUCAACUGGCCUUUCCUAACCUCCACCUUGUGUCAGUGUCUCAUUUUACUUUAUGCAGUGUUCAUCCUGGAAGAGACGGUCAAGAUGUCACCCCAUGACGCCAUCGACGCCAGUGGGCCUCCCUGUUGGUCGAGCAUUAGACAGAUGUGGUCUGGGAUCUGUCAUCUGUUUGCAGGGCCAGACCGCAGGUGCAACAUUAUCAUGAUCCUCCUCAUGCUCAUCUUAUCCACCUUUUCCUUCGCCCACAUAGGCGGCCUCUCCAUGAUCACGCUAUAUGAGCUCAACAAACCGCUGUGCUGGAGCGAGAUUUUGAUCGGCUAUGGCUCGGCGCUGUCGACCACUGUGUUCCUGACCAGUUUCGUGGGCGUGUUGCUGUUCACAUACUGUGGUGUGCCCCAGCUGCUCAUCGUCCUCAUGGGGAUCCUCUCGGUCAUCGCAGGCAUGGUCCUAGUGGCCUUUGCCAAGACCACCCUACUGAUGUUCCUAGCGAGGGCGCCCAUGCUUCUGUCUAUCAUGCCUUUCCCCGUGCUGCGCUCAAUGAUGUCAAAGAUCAUCUCCAAGUCUGAGCAAGGAGCUCUGUUCGCCUGUGUGGCCUUUUCUGAGAAUUUAAGUAGCAAUGUGGCGGGCACCAUCUUCAGCAGUAUCUAUGCCUCCACGGUCAGGUGGUACCCUGGCUUCUGCUUCCUGGUGGCUGCGGGACUCUGUCUCAUCCCGCUGGCCCUUCUAGGGGCUCUGGGCGUAUUAGGGGUGGAUGUCGCCGAACAGGGCAAAGACUCCGAGGCCCUCAUCUCAGGGGAGGAGGACCCUGCCGCAGAUGAGAACGACGACGACGAUCCUCUGCUGAACUGAGCUGCGGCGGGAUGACGGGAAUCUCACCAGCGCCUCCCUCCACCUCGCUCGUCACUGUUGGGGGAAAGUCGUGCGUUUACUCUGCUGGAAAUCGUUGGGGAGCUUCUUUUCGGGUUUAGGUUUUUUUAGUAGUUACGUGUACAACAUGGGGGAAAAAACAGAGGCGGGGGUGAUGUGUACUCACGCCACAGCAUUAUGGGUACCUGAGCAGCUGUUUCAGUAAGCUUGGUUAAUUGAGCCAGUGUGUUACUCCUUGCACAGGUCUAACUCAUUUUAAGGGGUGGAGCACACAUAGGGACUAGUAGACCAUGCCAGGGUGCAGUCAGCAUUUAGGAAGGACCAACAGAGAAGCAUUCUGCUCUGCUAUAUAGGCUUUAUGUAUUAUUAUCUUGAUCCCCCCCCCUUUUUAUCCUUCUCUGUUGCAUUUAGCCAAUUACCCCACUCUUCCGAGCCGUCCCGGUGACGGCUCCGCCGACCCAGGGAGGGCUGCAGACUACCACAUGCCUCCUCCCAUACAUGUGGAGUCGCCAGCCGCUUCUUUUCACCCGACGGUGAGGAGUUUCACCAGGGGGACGUAGCGCGUGGGAGGAUCACGCUAUUACCCCCCCAGUUCCCCCUCCCCACCAAACAGGCGCCCAGACCGACCAGAGGAGGCGCUAGUGCAGCGACCAGGGCGCAUACCCACAUCCAUUGUGUCUGUAGGGAUGCCCGACCAAGAAGGUGGUAAUACGGGAGAUUCGAACCGGCGAUCCCCGUGUUGGUAGGCAACGGCAUAGACCGCCAUGCCACCCGGAUGCCCUAUAUGGGCUUUAUUUAACAAAAACAAACAUCUCAGCAGGCCAGGAAAUCAGUUAUUCGGUUUUUUUCAACGACAAGCAACAGUCCAGAGUCUCACACACACACACACACACACACACACACACACGUGCAUGCAUGCACAUAAACAGACAGGUGACAAGUUAAAGGAAAAACCAACAUAACGUCUAUUAGUGAGGUGUUGGUCCACCAGGAGCCUGCAGAACAUCUUCAGCGUUCCUUGUCAUAGAUCCUACAAGUGUCUGAACCCUACUGGAGGGAUGGACACCAUUCUUCCAAAAGAUAUUCCCUCAUUUGGUGUUUCGAUGAUGAUGAUGAUGGUGGUGGUGGAAAGUGCUGUCUAACACGUCAGUCCAAAAUCUCCCAUAGGUGUUCAGUUGGGUUGAGCUCGGAUGACUGACUCAUCAAACCAUCCAGUGACCCCUCGUGUCCUGUGGAGGGAGGCAUUGUCGUCCUGGAAGAGACCACUCCCACCAGGAUAGACCUGUCUCAUCAUAGGAUAAAGGUGAUCACUCAGAAUAAACUUUGUAUUGAUCUGCAGAGACCCUUCCCUCUAAGGGGAUAAGUGGACCCAAACCAUACCAGGAAAAUGCCCCCCCCCACAGCAUAACAGAGCCCCCGGACCCCCUCCCUGUGGGGGUCAAACAUUCCGGUUUUUCCUUUCAUUUGUCACCCGUCUGUGUGUGUGUGAUAUAUAUGGCAUGGAGAUACCGGUUGCCACAAGGAAUAAUCAUGAUACAUCUGUUUCACAUGUACUUUUGAAAAUGUAUUCAAAAGUUAUUCAUUUGAGUAUUGUAGCUAGUAGAUAUGUUAUUUAGGACCGUGUAUUCAGUUAUUUAAUACUUUUUCAAAGUGUUCCACCAUCUUUGUGUGUAUAUAAACUCGGCACAAAAAAAGUAAGGAAAUUUGUGUUUGGUAGAUUAUUUCUUUGUUGUAACAAUGCUUCUUGGCAGUAAAUCUUAUAUCUGGCAGCUGAUUGUCAGCACCUGGGGUACCAGAAGUUCAAAACAAGAGUCAAUAGCAACAGCAAAAUUAACUGUUUGGCAUUGGUAGAGAAGAUUUGGCAAAUUUUUCAUGGGCGCAACCCACAUACUCAGCGCUUCUGCUCAUCCCACAAAUGCAUGUUCCUUACAAAUGUGGCCCCAUUUAAAAGGGAAAUAAACAGGCUUUCCAACGGUAUAAGAUUUAUUGCCAAGAAGCAUCGUUACAACAAAGAAAUACUCUACCAAACACACAUUUCCUUACUUUUUGUGCUAAGUAUAUAUAUAUAUGCAGAGGUUAAUGAGACAUAGGUGUCUGUCAUUGACCAUAUGAGCCACCUCUGAGUCUGCCUGCCUCCAAACUACUGCACAAAGCAUGCCUGCCUGCUACGUGGGCGUAUUGAUUUUGUUGCGUGCUGAAAACUAAGCUUAUUAUUAAGCCGCCACUUCCUUUCCCCGGCAGGUCAUUGUUUGCAACAUUAUCGAAAAACUCUUGGCUCAAAUGAAUCAAAAAUGGCAGCAAGUAUUGAUGUCUAUCACUGUGGGUUCCCAUUAAGUUUUGGACAAACUCGGUCCAAACAAACUUAGUCCAAGGUCAUGGUCCUCAAAAAGGGAUUUUUUUUUCAUUAUUUGCUCAAGAACUGUCCAGUUUACCACAAACUGUAGCCAAAAUGUUAAUUUUUCCAAUCCUAAGGGUUAACUCUAUCCAUUGCCAAAGUGAAGAAUGCAUUAUUUUGAGGAUUAGUAGGGUCUGAAGUGUAUUAAAUCAAUGUUACAUAAUUCCCAGUAUAACUCAAAUGGCUGCAAACAGCCACAUGGUUACUACCACUGGCAGAUGGGGAGCCUCACUCACAUCCUGUACCAUGACCUUUGACCUCAGGUAACCUCUCAAGGGCCAGGGUUUGACGUGCCAGGCUCCACUUGGUUGGCAUUUUUCUCAACAGUUCAAGUCAAGAUGUGCUAAAACCAGCCUGACCAAAUUAAACCCUGCACACGGGGACACUGAUGCGGAACGGCUGAUACAGUUUAUGACAAAAUGGCCAAACUAGAUUUGGCCAAACUAGAUUUUGCAGCCUGAUGAAUAACAAGCGCUUCUACCCAAAGAGACUCUUAAGCAACAUGAAGGCAUUCUGCUUUAUAGUCCACUGUGUUUAAAAGAGUUUUAUGUGGAUAAAAAGAGAAAUUAUGCACUAAAAUACAUUAAGUGAAGUGUUCAAAA